GAAUGGAUAACGGGAUAGUAGCCACAGCCAUGUCGCCCACAUUUUCCGCGCUGUCAACAUCCCAACCCCCCCAAACCCACACCCACCUCCCACCCCUCCUCCCCCACUCCCCCAUCCUCCGCUCCCACACCCUGGGUACCUCAUCCCCACCCUCCUUCUCCCCACCCCACUACGCGAACCCCCACCAUCACACCCACAACCACCCCACAACGAGCCCCCCGCGCCGCCCCAGCACCCACCACCUGACAACCUCCCUCACCCGCGCCUCCAUGAUCCUCCAUACUUUGACAGCGGGAUGUGAUCUGGCGGCAGGGAUGGUGGAUGUCCUUGCGCCGAGUCCGUUGAGCGCGAGCGGGUCUAUGGCUUCGUUGAGUGCUUCGAAUCCCAUGUCCUCUUUCUUGGGGAUGGGCGUCUCGUCGAUGUCGGUUUUGAUGGGCUCACCCGUGGGGUCGUUUGGUGGGGGGUCGAUUAGGGAGGGGUACGCGGGUGUUGUUGAGGUUAGGGAGCACGAUGGCGGGGAUGGUGGGAGGGAAGCGGGUGGACGAAGACGGUCGAUUGAGAGGGAUGCGGCGGCGGCGGGAGUUGGCAUACCUGUGGGGGAUUUGACGAGGUCGUUUGGACGGCUUAGGAUGUUUGAUGGGGUUUAUUUUGUGUGAUCUUGGAGGGGGCGAGGGACAGAGGGACUCUGUGGAUGAGUGCUGACGCCGUCGUUCGUCGGCUAGUUCCGGACGGUUCAGUAAUGGUCGUAAUGGCUUCUCUGCAACAAUCUAGCAA